AUGAUCCCUGCUAAUCUUACUUGUUCAACCCAACCCACGAAACCCGACCCAACCCGACCCAACCUGCCAAGAAAUGGGUUGGUUUAUAAUACAUAA